UCCCAACCUUCUGCUACACUACUGCCAUAGAGGAGGAACAAGUCAACUGCAGCUCCAAUAAGGACAACUAAACCCUUUUAGACUGUAGAUGUUUUUAACUGUCUCACAGAAAGAUGACCCACCUGUCAGAGAGAGCUCUUUUUGUCUUCUUUGCAGCACAGGUGCUGACAAUAGCCUGGUCCCAGGUGUGCCCUCGGAGAUGCCAGUGCCCGAAGGAGCCCCCCAUGUGUCUCCCGGGGGUGCCUCUGAUCCUGGACGACUGCGCGUGCUGCCUGGUGUGUGCCCGUCAGAGAGGACAGGUCUGCUCUGACAUGCACCCCUGCGACACACGGAAAGGCCUGCAGUGUGAAUACACCGUCGAGGUCAACAGGAGGACUGGUAUCUGUGCCGUCCACAAAGGAGAAGUGUGUGUUCUGGAGGGUUCCGUGUAUCAGAAUGGCCAGACGUUCUUCCCCAGCUGCAAAUACCAGUGUGUGUGCCGUGAUGGGCAGAUUGCCUGCGUGCCUCGCUGUAACUUGGACGUGAUGCUGCCUGGACCAGACUGCCCCAUGCCUCAAAGGGUCCAAGUGCCCGGAGAGUGCUGCGAGAAGUGGGUGUGUGAGCCGCAGGCCGAGGCCAGUGCACUGGGCGGCUUUGCCAUGGCGGCUUUUCGUAAGGAGGAAACUGUGAGCUUUGAUGGCUGGGACCCCAGCCUUAACUGCAUUGAACAGACCACAGAGUGGGGGGCCUGCUCUCAAACCUGCGGCAUGGGAGUAUCCACCAGGGUCAGCAACAAGAACCGAAUGUGUGAGAUGGUGAAGCAGAGCCGACUGUGUACGAUCAGACCCUGUGACAACCAGCAGACACGGCUGACACAACUUGCACAGAAGAGAGGCAGUAAGUGUCAGAGGAUGGUGAGGAGCGACGCAGCCGUCCACCUCUCUUAUAAGAACUGCACCAGCGUCCAGGCCUACAAGCCUCGCUACUGUGGCUCCUGCACGGACGGUCGCUGCUGUACUCCACACAGGACCAAAACCGCCCUGGUGGUGUUCCAGUGCGCCAAAGGUAAAAUGACCCGGAGACCAGUCAUGGUGAUCCUGACAUGUGUCUGCCACAGCCACUGCCCCAGCAACAACGCUGUGUGGCAGCCAUCGGAGAUGGGAUACAGCAGUUAUAGGUCAUAAAACCAUUGUUGAUGGUAGAAUAGCUUUUAUUCACUCAAAGCAUGAGUUGCAUUAACUCUAAAUGUUACAUUAAAACAAGUCUGUGAUAUAUCAACAGUAAAAAUAAGAUUAGAUCCGGUUAUUAUGGACAAACUCAGACUUGUAUUGUAUUCAAGUCCAGUGGACAAAUAAGUGUAAUCUUUCACUGUUGUAGAAGCAAAGCACUUAAACCGUGUGAUACAUCAGGUGGGUUAUACGUCCAACCAUUCACAACAGACUUCAGCUGGACGGUGGUUGGUGGGUGCUCUUACAUUGUGACUGUUAACCUAUGAAGGUGUAAAGUUACAGGGUAUUGAGGACAUAGUUGACGGAUUGGCCGAUCAGGAUUUUCGGUUUCAGAUUUUUAGACAAAGCGCAUGAAAUCAAGGAAAGCUCUGCAACUUAAAGGAGAAGGUGGCAUCCCUGCCAUGGAAGUGCAUUUUUGAAAUGACUAGACUGUGUGCUCUGACCUGGCCCAAAGGAAGGUCACUGUAGGGACUUAGUGUAAUUUGUAACAUGUGCAAGAAGUCUGACCCCUGUUGUAUAAUGUUGACGAUCCCUUCAAUAAAUGAAAUUCUAGUUCUUUUUUUCCAAGUAUUUUCUUUUAGGUAAAUGUAGUACACAGAAAGAACAGAUUUUUUUAUAAUGACAGAAGAUUUGUAAAUACUUGCAGAAUAGCUUGUUUGCAGUGUAUCAAAUACACAGCUUUAUUUUGUGAAAAUGUAAACAUGAAUUGUAUAUAUUGUUAUGUUAUUGUUUUUCUUACUACUUGAAAUAUACUUCACUUUACUUGUUGCUCAAAUAUAUUUCAAAACUGAA